GGAAGUGGAGAACAAUAGAGCGAAAAGCAUCCGCGUCACACCGUGGAGACUAAAAACACCCUCGAAGUUUCUGAGGAGAAUUCCUUUGCUUCGGAUUAAGGCUCAACAAUUCGACAGGGAAGUUUAAUUGUUAAAGCACAUUUUCCUGUGUCUGCUUGAUGCACACUUUUCAGUUUACACGUUUCAGUGUUACUGCCACACUCUACCUCCCGCCAAACAAACAAGUUGUUACAAUGUAUCACCUUCCCGCAGACGUCCCCCCACGCGGGAGACAGAAAAUACAUUUGCUGAUGUCAAGUGAUUUGCAUACCGACUUCCGCCCCAUGGUUUUAGUUCUACAUCUGCCGGCAAGCAGUUGAGACGCCGAGGGAAGGAGGCUCUCAGAAGCUGUCAAACAAGGAUAUGAAAACCUGACAUUAACUUUUCAAUAGCCUAUAUAAAAGUAGGCGAACGUGGUAGUGGACGUCUGUCGAGCUGACGCGGUAGAGGAACUUGAAAGAAUAGAGACAUAAAUGAGAUGAAUUCCUUUUUUUUGCUGAGUGGAUUUGCUACUUUAAUUUGAGGAGGCGGACCUCUGACUGCGUGUUCAAUAUGCUGAAAGAAAGCCCAAUGUGUGCAUACUGUAUGUGGAAGUACAGAGACUUUUGUAUUUAUUCAGUGAUGAAUAUCUUCUACAUUGCACUUUAAACCGCGUUGGAUUAACAGCUUGUUUUCCUGGCAGAGGGCUAUAAGUGUAUUCAUUUGGUCGUGUUUUUUUGUUCACAAGGAAGAUUCCAUACUUCUAGCGAUUUGCACUUUUUUCAUUUAAAGUUCACUUUAACGAAGUAUGCUAUGCUACCGGUUUAUCUAAUUUAACCAACAUUUCAGUCGUUUUAUAAGGUCUGAAAUCCAAAGCCUGGCUAGCGUUUGAAGGAAAUCGCUUGACGUCUAGCUUGAGCUACUUCUUGCAAUGCCACGCACUGGAGUAUCAUUUUCGGAUGGAGUUUUUAAGUCCUGUAGGCCUAUCCAAAUUUCACGUUUCGAACACUUGAAUUAGAUAUUUUUUUUUUAGACAGGUCUAGCCUAUUCAUUAUCUUUAUUACACCCAUAUACCCAUUGGAUAAUGUAUUCUAUUUAUAUGACGUGAUAUUUAUCUAAACACUGCGGGUUUUAAAGUUGGUGCAUUUUUAUCUAAUAAUUGUUGUGUCUCUGACGUUCCAUUCUUGUGACUCAACACAUUCGAAUAUUUCUGCCCAAAACGCAAUUCUCAACGUAGUCUUGGCGCCCGGCGGAUACCUCGGAUAAAGCCUUCUAUUUCGGGAUAGCCAUUAUUGUCUGAUUUAUUCUCUCGUCACGCGGAAAAUAAUUAGUGGCUUCCCUCACGAUGAGUUUCUUCUACCAAGCCGUGCUUCUAUUGCUACGUGGACUCGUCAUCUCUGCAGUACUGGGAUUGGAAAGCAGCUAUUCAAACGAUCUGUCGACCCGUGCAUCUGAUGCCGCAAUUGUAGCUACAGAUCCCUGUCUGACGGUGAUGCCGCCAUGCAUGGGCGACGCCGACCGGUUCAGCCUUGAGGCCCUUCGCGUCAUCCACAAACAACUAGACGACGACAACGAUGGGGGCAUUGAGGUCAACGAGAGCGUGGAGUUUAUUCGAGAAGAUAUGAAGCAGCAGCAAACCAACAAACACAGUAACCUACAUAGAGAAGACCAACACAUCACUGUGGAGGAGCUGUGGAAAGGAUGGAAGGCCUCAGAAGUUCAUAACUGGACGACAGAUGACACCGUCCGGUGGCUGAAGGAAUCGGUGGAGCUGCCUCAGUACGAGAGGAACUUCAGAGACUUCCGGAUCAACGGCAACACGCUGCCUCGGUUAGCGGCGAACGAACCGUCCUUCAUGUCUGGUCAGCUGAAGAUAUUAGACCAGCGACACAAGCAGAAAAUAAACCUGAAAGCACUAGAUGCUGUGCUCUUUGGUCCCCCAUUAAGUCUGCAACACAACUGGCUGAAGGACUUUGUGUUGAUGGUGUCCAUCCUGGUUGGACUGGGGGGCUGCUGGUUUGCCUACGUCCAGAACAAGUCUUCCAAGGUGCACAUGGGUCAGAUGAUGAAGGAUCUGGAGAGCCUACAGAGCGCCGAGCAGAGCCUCACGGAGCUCCAGGAACGUCUUGAGAAGGCCCAGGAGGAGAACCGCACGGUGGCGGUGGAGAAGCAGAACCUGGAGCAGAAGAUGAGGGACGAGAUAAACGGAGCCAAGAAGGAAGCGUACCGCCUAAGAGAGCUGCGCCAAGGGGCCGAAUGCGAGCUCAGCCGCCUCAAAUAUGCGGAGGAGGAGCUGGUCCAGGUGCGCAUGGCCCUGAAGCGGGCGGAGAAGGAAAUGCAGACGGAGUGGUCAUUGCCGGAGGCUCUACAGAUGUGGCUACAACUCACCCACGAGGUGGAGGUCCAAUACUACAACAUCAAGAAACAGAGUGCAGAGCUGCAGCUGACUGUUGCUAAGGAAGAGGCAGAUAAAAUAAAAAAGAAGAGGAGUUCUGUGUUCGGUACGCUUCAUGUCGCUCACAGUUCAUCGCUGGACGAAGUGGACCAUAAGAUCCUAGAGGCCAAAAAGUCCCUGUCAGAGGUCACGGCCUGCCUGAGGGAACGGCUCCACCGCUGGCAGCAGAUCGAGAAGCUGUGCGGCUUCCCGGUCGUCCACAACUCCGGCCUGCCGAGCCUGACCGCCGCCCUGUACUCGGACCACAGCUGGGUGGUGAUGCCGCGCGUCUCCGUGCCGCCCUACCCCAUCGCCGGCGGCGUAGACGACCUGGACGAGGACGCACCUCCCAUUAUCCCGCAGUUCAGCUCUGCCUCCAUGAUGAGGCCCCCCCUGACGCGGAACAGCAGCCUGUGUCGGUCCCGCCGGAGCCUGUACAGCACCCAGCAGUCUUCCAUGAUGUCUUCGGACCCGGACCUCCUCUCCAUGGCCAGUUCAGCCCUGUCGUACCACCCCGAGGCGGAGGAGGAGCAGAUCUUCAUGAUGGAGAGGAAGGGAGAUAAAGAACGAGACAACCAGGACACCAGUUCGGACACGGACUCUCUCAACUCGUCCAUAGGGAGGAAACAGUCCUACGCCAACCCCUGCACGCCGGGCCAGGAGACCCCGUACCGCAAGAUCUCCCGCGAGGAGCUGAUGCUGCUGAGCCAGCAGGAGCCCCAGCCCUACGUCCGGGACUCGCCCCCUCCCCAAGGAGGAGCCGGGUCCCCCUCCGCCCCCCCCCUCGGCCAGCCCCUCCCCGGCCCUGGAGCAACACACGCACACCCGCUCGCACAAACGGAAGGACUCCCCCGACCUCACCCGCGGAUCCCUGCCCGAGUCCCAAAGCGUGACCUUCACCCUCGGCUCGGGCGGCAAGGCGCUGUACAACGGCGUCCUGGAGAAGUCCUACAGCAUGGGCCAGCUGCCCGCGGGCAUGACGGGGGCGGGCGGUGCGGCGGAGGGCCGCCACCCCUCCCUCACCUCGCUGAACAAUGACGGCAAGGGGGCGGGGCCAAAGGAGCAGAAGCUACAGAGCACCUCCUCCCAGGACUCCUGUGACAACGGGGACAGGGUCAAGAGGUCGUCGUCAAAGAUCAAGAGCCUGUUCAAGAAGAAAAAGUAGCCUGAGAGAUGUGAGAGGUGUAGGGGAACGAAAAGGAAAAAGGGAUCACAAGAAAGUGGUUUUAGCCUUAAUGAAAAAGGGCCGUGUUCAAUUGAAGCUAACACAUUUCCAUUGCUCCUUCGUUCAUAUUUUUCCUUUUGGUGUUUUCCCAAAGAUGGAAUGUAGCUCUGUCUGGGCGCCUCCACGAUGACCUCUCCCAGGUCGGUAGCCUUAUUUCUCAACGCCUUUUUCUUUUGCUCACUCACAGCCUCACAGUUAAGCCUUCAAAGGUCACAGAAAGGUCAAGGGUCAUGCCAGCUGCUGUUGCAACUGUGAACAGCAUGGGGCUGCUCACUCAGUGUUCUGUUACUCUUUUUGAGUCAAGGAACCCAAAAAGGAACAUCACUUGUGUUCUAGCCGGGGGACUGAAGGGGGUUUAAAUCACGGGCUUAAAUCGUGGGCUUGCUAGCUCGAUGUCACGUCACAUGUCGUACAGAGGCUUAUGUACUUGACAAAUUUCCUUUGAGAAAUAAAAAAAAUCCUGCUGAAGUUUGUUGCACUACUGCUUUCCUGUUUUCUGGGAAAGGACCACCGCAGCUUGCGGAGUAAAUAUCGAUGUGUAGAUGAACAAUGACCGGAGAGGCAUUGGAGAUGCAACAACUGGUAGCUUAUUGCAGCUAAAACCACUCGAUGCGUAUCCCAUGUCACUAUGGAUACAGUGGCUCUCCAAAGUGUUCACCCCCCCCCC